AUGGCACUACACCAAAGACCACGGGGAAGUUCCAAGCUCGAGGAGCUACUACCAAGUUUACUCAUCCUCAAGGGCUUAGAGUCUAGGGAAAUUUCAAAGAAAGAUGCCGAGUUCAGGCAAACGGUUCACGGGGCACAGCAUGAACGGCGGACAAGGACGAUACCGGCCCGGAAGCCUCAACGCACGCCGAAUACACUGGUGAGCCAACGGAUCACCAACGGCAGACCCUUCCGCUUUUUCGAACUACCGCAAGAGAUUAGAGAUGAGGUCUAUUCCCAUCUCGUCGUUCGCAAGACCUCGCGUUCCCUCCCCAUCCUUGACGCAACAGCCAUCCUAAAUGACCGCAAGAAACGCCUCGCAGCACGCAAGUCUCGGGAGCGACUGAACCAACGACGGCUCUCAACUGGACAACGACCAGUAUGUCCCCGUGCAGCAGAUCCCGAGCCAAUCCUGCACCUGGAACUCCUCCGAGCAUCUCAGCGACUAGCUGGCGAAGCAACAGAUUGCAUGUACACCAACAACUGGUUUGCUAUCUCGCUCAAUAAGCUCCCGGUGCCUACUUACGAAUUCCCGCAAGGCUGGGAUCUAUCACGCAUCAAACGACUGCAGGUAGAACUGCAGUUGAAGGAUGCUAUACGAAUGAACCGAUACGUCGACUGGGCUUCUUUCCUCUCUGCGUUCCCGUCACUACAGUUUCUGCGUAUUGUUCCUACGCUUCAUCCAAGAUACUACGAAUGGUCGCAUCCGGAGUUCUAUGAAUGGUCUAGCACGCCUUUUGUCCACAAAGCCUUCUUCAGAGAGCUACUGACGGCAGUACCGGGCUAUGUGGAUCUGAGGAUUGGGCUGCCAGUGGAUGGUGCGGCGGAUGACGUGCAGAUGCAAGGCGAGAUUGCCGUGCAUCGAAAGUAUCUGUGCGACAUGUAUGCAGAACUCGGGAGUAGGGUUGAUGCUGCCGGGAGGCGGUUGGAAGUGGGAAGAAUUGUAUCAUAG